AUGGGUCAUUGGCACACAGCUUUCGUCCGUAAAGUGACGGACAUCGCAACCCCCCCCCUUCCCCCACCUCCACAACUUUGGGUGGAGCCAACUCACGAAUCCGUUCGACUCGCCUCUUCAAACGAAAUAAAAGGGCAAGUUGGUUGGAAGGAAUUUGGGAUAUCGUCUCACCGAAAACCGAAGGAGGAUUGCCGCGUAUGGAAGACGGUUGAAUUGUGCGAAGAAAUCCUGAUCAAACUGUGCUAA